CGGAAAACCAAAAGAACACUCGCACCUUUUUAAAAAGAAACAAAAUGUUUCCACCCGAGGUUCUUAUUGGACGUGAGCAGCCCUCGAGCACCACCCACUUCGGUAGGGACCAGCCAAUGUGACACCGCGAGAGAUGAUUUCGAAUUCAGUGGGAGUGUUGGACAGAAGACGGCGAGCUGACCAGGGAGAUUUGAAGUGUGGCGGUUGAGCCCGAGAGGCUCCGAAUGUUUUGUCUGUUGGAGGUGAGCGUCGGAGUCGUUUCCUGCUCGCCAUGGAGGUGCCCACUCUGCAGUACUUGGAGGCUCUCAGCUACAGCGAACUGCGGCGCCUGGCCAAGACGGUGGGGCUGAAGGCCAACCUCAAGGCAAGCAAAUUAUUAAGUGUGUUGAAGCAGCACUUCCUUGCAACAGUACAGGAAAAUGGAAGUAUGGUCAAAAAAGGAGACUCUUCUACAAAUACAGAGGAGCUGAACAGCAGUCCAAGACCUGUAAACCUGUCUAUGGUAACCAAAAGGCAUAGAAAACGGAAAGGUGAUGAUGCACAGGGAAAUUCAGGAGGGAAAAACGUUAAUGAAGAGAAAACAGAACUUCCUCCAGAGAAAGAGAUUCUGAUAGAGGAGACAGAAAAUGAAGGGUCCCAGGAUGCUGGAUCCAGAAAGACCCUGAAGAUAAGCCAGAAUGAGUAUCUGGUGAAUGGUGGAAUUGUGAGAAACUUAGCAGAGAACUCUGAUACUCCAAGUCAACAAAAAGAGAGGAAUUCCAGAAGAAAAAGAGUUGAAAAAAAUACCCUCGUGGAUCCUCUCUCUGAAAAGAAAUCUCAUUACCCAGGCAACCUGUCCAAAUCUGGGAAAACAAGAAUCAUUUCUACCACUCCAAAUUUCAAGAAACUUCAUGAGGCUCAGUUCAAGAAAAUGCAAUCUAUUGAUGAUUACAUUGAAAGGAAAAAUAAAAUGAUUUGCAACUUCAGCAAUUCAGUUAAUGAAGUGAAGAUGCUGGCUCAGAAGAGUAACUACCUAAAGACAUCUCAGAGAGAAACUCCAAACAGUAACUCCAAGAAACGUUCCGGUUCCAGGGGGGCGUUAUUAAGCCCUCAUCCUCAGAGGAAUAAGUUCUCUAGUAUGUGUACCCCUGUAAACGUCCGACGCUCAUCACACAAUUCUCUUGGCAAUGCAAACAAAAGCAUUUUAUCUCAAAAAUCAAUGUUCAACUCAACCAGCCUCUCUACAACAAAGAUGAAUGUCAGAUUCUCUGAAUCUACAAAGGAUAAUGAGCACAAGCGCUCCCUUACCAAGACUCCAUCUAGAAAAUCUCCAUUCCUAAGUAUCUGCACCCCAGCCAGUCAGAAGAGCACUAAGUCUGUAACAAGGAUUAACUUCAAAGGAAGUGCAACAAAGUGUCAACCAACAGAGACCCCAACAAACUCUGCUGUUAGCCCUUUCGAGUUCCAAUCCAUGAACACAAAGAAGCCAAUAUUUGAUCUACAAGCAAGUUUGUCAAGACCUCUUAGCUAUCAGCCGCACAGAGGAAAACUGAAACCUUGGGGCAAAUCAAAGGAGAAUCUCCAGAGUACUUGUUCCCACAAGAGAAAUUAUAAACAGCCACUUCUUCAGACCAGAGAAGAGAGGAGGGAGAAACACGCACAGGAAAGAAAACAGAGAAAAGACCAAGUGCUUGGAACGUGGAGAGGAUUAACUGGCUAAGGCUAACUCCAAAAUGACUCUGUAAAUAACAUUUUAUAUGCAAGAUCAUUUCUUUCCUGUUAAUGUGUUUACUUAUUUCCUCUGCUGUCUGUUCUUAAGUCAGCCUGUUGUCUUGUACAGAACUAGUUCAGCCUAAUGAAACUAUAUGACAGUGACAAUUGAAUUUAUUUAACAGUCUUAAAAAGAUUGUUCAACACCUUCAAAAGUGCAACUUGUUUUCUUUUUCUUUUGUGAAUCUUUAGAUACAUUAACUACCUUCUGGGGGUGGCUGGAAACUAAAAUUUUACUCAAGCUGUGGUCCUAAAGCCUUAUUUGUACUGAGUAAAGGGAACAAAACAUGUUUGAUGCAUUUAACUGAGUACUUUUAUAUAACGUUGUUUUACUUUACUGAUAUAAUUAAAAUAAUAGUUAUUGACA